AUUUCCAAUUUUUCGCGCUAUUUCCGUCACACGUCAAUUUCAGUCUCUUUUCCAUUUAUUUGGAAGAGCCGGUUGUCGCGGAUACGUUUAGAUUUUAAUAAAUAUAGUUCAAAUCAGUUUGAAUAAUAUUCAAGUUGGAGAUGUUUCUCAAAGAAUUUCGUGCAGUAGUUUUUCAAAAUGUGCUCAUUUUGUGUGCUUCAGCGGUGCUUUGGAAACAAACAACGGCCACCGCUACCCAAGUGACACGUCCACGAGGAGUUUCGCUAGCAAGAGCUUCUCUGUACAUCCCAGACAGUGAUUUCACCUGCUUAGAUGGCAGUGCAACCUUUCCCUUUAGAUAUGUCAAUGAUGAUUACUGUGAUUGUCAGGAUGGUAGUGAUGAACCAGGAACUUCUGCUUGUCCAAAUGGCUCAUUCUAUUGUCGAAAUUUGGGCCAUGAAGCGACGGUUGUGCCAUCUUCCAGAGUCAAUGAUGGCAUUUGUGAUUGUUGUGAUGCAGCUGAUGAGUACCAGUCUGGUGCCAAUUGUGUUAAUACGUGCAAAGAGCUUGGUUCAGCAGCGCAAGAAGAAGCCCAAAAAAGAUAUGAGUUGGAAAGUCAAGGAUAUGCCAUCAAAUUGGAGUACAUUAACAAGGGAAAACAUGCCAAGCAGUCUCAGCAAGAGAGAAAUAUGGCUUUGAAAGCUGAGCAACUAGAGGCAGAGGCUCUUCGUUCUGAGAAGGAAAGAGAGAAACAGGAAGCAGAAGAGCCUGAAAGACAAGCUCUAGACAAAUAUCGUCAAAUUGAACAAGAAGCUAUGAAAGAAAAAGAAGAAAUGGAAAGAUCCCAGCGGGAAGGCGAAGCUUCCAAGGCCUUUGACUGGCUUGAUAGCAACCAAGAUGGCAAACUUCAAGUUGAAGAACUACAAACUCACACAGCUUUUGAUCAAAACCAAGAUGGCACAGUCAGUCCUGAUGAAGCCAAGUUCUUUUUACACAAUGAAGAAGAAAUGGAAAAAAAUGAAUUUGUCACUACUGGUUGGCCUUUGAUCAAACCCUUUAUUAUGAAAGCACAAGGCUUGGAAGCACCUUCUCAGCCAGAGCAGCAAGCUGGGGAAAUCCCAUUGCCCGACGAUCAUCAUCAAGAAGAAUCUAUCCCGGAAACGGAUGGAGAGGAAGGAGAAGAAGAAGACGAGGAGCAUGAAGAAGAGGGAGAAAUUGUGAAACCCUCUCCCGUUACUCCAAGUUCAAUUGAGUACGAUGCUGAAACGCAGGCGCUAAUUGAAGCUGCCAAUAAAGCCCGUAAUGCAUAUGAUGAAGCUGAUCGUCGAUUGCGAGAUCUUGAGCGAGAAAUCCGUCAAUUGGAAGAAUCCAACUCUAAAGAUUACGGUCCGAAUGAAGAGUACCAACCGAUGGACGGCCAGUGUUACGAGUACAGCGACAGGGAGUAUACUUACAAGCUGUGCCCGUUUGAUAAUGGCAGUCAACGACCCAAACACGGAGGCAGCGAGACUCGCCUAGGCUCUUGGGAUUCUUGGGACGGUCCGGAGGGAAGCAAGUACGCAGCCAUGAAGUACGAUAAAGGAGUUCAAUGCUGGAAUGGACCACAGCGUUCUCUCAAGGUUCACCUGUCGUGCGGAAUGGAAAAUCAACUCCUUUCCGUGUCCGAGCCGAACCGUUGUGAAUACGAAAUGAAAUUCACGACUCCAGCUGCCUGCAGUGAGCCACGAAAGCCGAACGACGGUGAUUCGGAAUUUCACGACGAGUUGUAAUGGAAUAGCUUUGAAUUUCUGUGCAACAAUUUUAUUUGCUUUCCAAGCAACAUUCCUUUUCGAAUACAUGCUAUGUAAUGAUA